UUGGGUCAUUUGGGUCGAUUGCAAAUUGGAGCCUUUUCUCGCCCUCAAUCGCAACCCCUCCGCCGCAGCGGCCAUGAAAAAGCUCCGGAGCUCCUCUCCUCUCAUCCAAUGGCCUCUUCACCGCCCUAUCCCACGCCCAAAACCCUACUCCCCCUCCUCCUCCUCUUCAUGUAUCUUCUACUCCACCCCUGGAGCUCCGGUUCCUUUUCGAGAUCCCGUUCGGGCCGUCCCGCCGGUGAGCUCCUCUUACCAAAUGCGCAAGCUAAUCAAUGCUUUCAGUCCGGCUUCGAUGGUAGCUGAAGGCCAACUGAUCGAGGCCCUCUUGAAGAACCAGCGGAAUCCAAAGGCGGCGCUGAAGCACUUUCAGUUGGCGCAGAUGAAGGGCUCCAUCUCCGGCAUUGAUCCUCUGUGCAUUUUGCUUCACAUCCUCGUAGGAACAGAUCGGCAAUCUAGCGCCCGAGAACUCCUAAGGUGUUCCCUUUUGCACAGCACUAGCCCCUCGCCGGCCACCGUCGUUGACGGCCUCGUUAACGCGUCGAGAAGGUGCGUCUCGGAUCCCCGUUCCUUUGGUUAUCUUUUGACUUGCUAUUCUCAUGCUGGAAAGGCAGAACAAGCGCUCGAGGCUUUCGAUUGUAUGCUCCAACAUGGUGUCUUUCCCAGCGUGAGAUCAAGGAAUGAUUUUUUGGCAGCGUUGGUGAGGUCCAAUUUGACGACGAAGGCUCGAGAGAUUUAUCAAGUGAUAAAAGAAAAAGGAAUGGGUUUUGAUUGCUAUACAAUCGAUAUAAUGAUGCAUGCUUGCUUGAAAGAUGGGAAGUCUGAAGAAGCUCAAGUUUUCUUUCAGGAUUUGAGAGACACCGGGCUUGUACCUGAUUUGCUUGUCUAUGCCACCAUUAUUCAGUCUGUUUGCAGAAUUCCAGAUUCCACUAGAGCUUUGGAAUUGUUGAAUGAGAUGAAAGGUAGAGGCUUGGUACCCACACAGUUCAUUUAUACAUUUGUUGUUGGAGCGUGUGUGAAGCAAGGGAACCUUGAAGAGGCUUUGAGGCUGAAAGAUGAAUUGGUUGCAAGUGGCCACCCUCUAAGCCUUGUGUCCGCCAAUAGUUUGAUGAAAGGGUAUUGUGAUCAAGGAGAUCUUGACAAUGCCUUGGAUUUGUACACAAGUGUGCUGAAGCAAGAAAUUCUUCCGAAUGUUGUUACCUAUUCUGUUUUGAUCGAUGGUUGUUGUAGAAAUGGGAAUGUAGGAAAAGCUUUUGAGCUUUAUUGUCAAAUGAAGCAAACAAGGGUGUCUCCAAAUGUCUUCCAAGUAAACACAAUUAUAAAUGGUUUCUUGAAAAAGAAUAAAUGGGAGGAGGCCCUUGUUGUGUUUGAUGAUGCUGUGAGCUUUGGUGUGGUCAAUGUUUUCACCUACAACAUUCUUAUGCAUUGGCUCUUUAACGCAGAUAAAGUGAAGGAAGCUUGCUGUGACCUGUGGGAUCAGAUGGAGGAUGAGGUGAUGGACCCAAGCAUUGCUUCCUACAACAUGUUGGUUUUUGUUCAUUGCAUGCGGGGCAAUAUGGAAGCAGCAGCUGAUCUGUUAACUCAGAUGUCUCAGAUAGGCAUCAAACCAAAUGUCAUCACCUAUACCACUUUGAUUGAUGGGUAUCUCAAGAAAGAGGAUUUUGAUCAAGCUUUUGAUCUUCUCAACACAAUGUGCAGUUCGGUUAUUUCUCAUAACAAUUUCACAAUUAACUCUAUCCUAUAUGGCCUCAGCGAAGUGGGUAGAAUGUCUGAAUUGACUCGUGUGCUGCAGAAGUUCAGGGAUGACGGAUUUAUCCCUAGCUGCAUAACAUAUAAUAGUAUUAUUCAUGGCUUUAUAAAAGAAGGCAAGAUGAGCUCUGCAUUUGAAAUUUAUCACGAGAUGCUUAGAAAUGGCGUAUCCCCAGAUGUUGUUACCUUCACCAAUUUCAUUGUUGGCUUAUGCAAAGGGAACAAUACUGAUGGUGCCCUCAAGAUGCAGAGUGAAAUGAAAAGGUUAGGCCUCCAAAUGGAUAUUGCUGGGUAUAAUGCUCUUAUUGUUGGUCUUUGCAGCAAGGGAAACAUGGAAGCUGCUCUUGCACUGUUUGAUGAGCUUCCUGAAGUUGGGUUGAAACCUAAUGCAAUCAUAUUCAACAGCCUGAUCACUGCAUAUAAAAAUACGAAUAAUAUGGAAGCUAUAAUUAAGUUGCACAGGAGAAUGUGCACAGAAGGAAUCCCUUGUGAUACUGCCACCUACACAACCUUGAUUGAUGGAUCACUAAAGACCAGUGACCUGGUCUUCGCAUCAGAACUCUACUUCGAGAUGUUGGAGAAGGGUAUUGUUCCGGAUGAAAUAACUUAUACUGCUUUGACAAAUAGACUUUGCAAGAAUGUGGACCUUGACAAUUCUCGGAAGCUCUUAGAUGAAUUGCAUCAUAGGGGCUCCCAAGCUAGUGUUCUUAUCUAUAACAUGCUCAUAGCUGGAUAUUUUAGGGAAGGUGACCUGCAGGAGGCAUUUCGAUUGCAUGAUGAAAUGCUUGAUAGAGGCCUUGUGCCUGAUGACAUAACAUAUGAUAUACUUCUGAACAUGAAAUAUGGAGGUGGAAAAUCACAGGCGGCAACAUAAUUGAGUUGGCAACCAGCCAAGUGGCUAGUGGGAUGGUAACCAUUCUAUGGAAUAACUGGUGCAGUUAGGGAGCCUACAUUUGUCUUUUCCUAUGGAUAUUUUGCAGCUCAUCCUGGUUCCACAUAUGAAAAGCUGGCCAGCAGGAUUGCUACCCUGAAGGAUUCUUAUUCAAAGCAGGGAAAGAAAUAGACAUUUGGUUGUUUCCAAUCACCAACUUCAAUGUGGUUGAUGCUGGGAUUGAGAUAGCUAAGGCAGUGCAGUUGGCUGAGCUCUGCCGGAAUGUGGCCUAUGAGUUGGUUGUUUGCCAGGUAGAAAGUCUUCUAAGGAAGGUGACACAGAACCAGCUAUAAGUUCAAGGAGUUGAAUUAGAGACUGAUGAAUCUGAGGUCACUAGUAAUGUUUCGUAAGGAUGAAGAAUGGCCUGAUUAAUUAAAUUGAUUGUUUUUGUAGUUGCAGCAUUGCGAUGGCAAGAGUUAAUCAAGCAUGAGAAUAGAAUGGGCUUGCCAAGUCAAGACAGUGGCAUGCAUGCAAAAGAGUGCUCCAAUUGUCUGUGUUUGCUAGUUGCACUUCUAGCAGUUGUUCGGAGAGCUCCUUUGAUGCGUUGCUUGCUGUUGAAGUGGCCCUUCACACUGCGUUGGAUCUCCACAUCCCUGUCAAACAUAUCAUAAGUGAUCAACAUGCAAUCCUCCAGUUACUUCAAUGCCCUGACCACGUUUCUUCCUGGAGGUUUGAGGAUCAAGUUAACAAUUUGAAGUUCUUAUUGGACAUGUGCGACCAUCCUCAGAUACACAUCACUCCCUCCAGUUGGGGUUCUCCGGCAGUCAAUCUAGCUAUUCUUGGAUUUCAUCACCAGCAUCUCAACCUUUUCUUGUUUGGAAAAGACCUCCCUUCUUGGUUGAUGAAUUCGAUUCGAAAGUUUGGGUUUAGUUUCUGAUUUGGCUUCUUGUUUCCUCUUUUUAGACUCUUGUAUCUUAGUUUCUUCUUGCUUUAUUUCUUUCAAUAAAUAGCUUCUCUAGUUGAGAGGUUCUUCAAAA